AUGAUGAAUAAUAAACACGAACAACAAAAUCGUUAUCAAAUGAUGAGUUCAGACGAUGAAUUUGAUAAUGAUUUAGAUUUAUUAAAUACCCUUGCUCAACUUCAUGGUUUAGUUUAUAUACCUCGAUUAUCUUCGGAAAUAAAUCAAAAGACACAUGAAAAAAUUCAACAAUAUGGAGAAGAAAAAAGUAAUAUUAUUCAUAAUUUAAUAUCGAAUAAUAAUAAUGAUAAUGAUAAUCAAAAGAAAAACAAUGAAAGAAUAAACGAAACAAUUUCAUCAAAAUGUUUUUCAUUAACAUCAUUAACAUCUUCUGGUUUAUUUGAUAAUAAUGAAUCAGAUUCUAUUGCAACAUCUUCGUUAAGAGCAUCCACGAACGAAUUAAACAAUUCAAUUGCAUCAUCAAAUUAUUUAAUAAUCGAUGAUUUACAAAAAUCUAAUAAAAUAUCAAAUAUAAAUAAUGAUGAUCGUGUACAACAAUCAACAACAAGAGAUAAUACAGAUUCUAAUUCUAAUAAUUUACAGAAUCAAUCUAUGUCUUAUGAAUCUUUAUUCAAUGAAAACACAGAUAACAAUGAUCUCAUGAAUUAUUUACAUUGGAUUAUAAGCCAUUUAGAUGAUGAUUUAAAGGUUUCAUCUACAUUACAUUCAAUAGAAAAUUCUGAAAAUAUAAUUCAAGAUAAUUAUACAGAUCAUACAAUAGCAAAUAUUAUUCAUAAUAAUUUAUUAUCUAAUAAUGAAUUUCAACAAUCUGAUAUUAUUAUUCAAAAAGAAAAACAACAAGAAAAUCAUCUGCUAUCCUCUUUUGACAUUGAUCUCAUACAAAUUAUUGAAAAAUUGACUUUAAAUAUUCUUCAAUUAGAAUUAGAUGAAAUUAAUGAAUCUAAAAGAGUUGAAUAUUUUGUUGAUCAUAUCUUAUCACAAGCAAUUUAUGAACUUAAUAAUGAAGAUAAUAGUUUAACAGUUGAUAAUCAUGAGGCAGUUAUUGAUUGGUAUAACCAAACAAAUGAACCAUCACUUGAUCCAUUUGAUCAAGCAUUUGAUAAUAUGUGGAUUAAACAAUUUGAAGAAUCGGAUGAUAUCAUAAUUGAAAAAAAUAUUGAUACAAUAUCAUUUUAUUCAAAUACAUUUGAUGAUUCAAAUUUAUUUUCUAAUAUAUCAAAUCAAGAAAAUGAUAUACAAGAAUCUCUUUCGUCAUCAUUACUAAUAAAUUCUUUUGAUUCAGCUAUUACAACAAAUAAUCUGACGAAAUAUUCAUUGAUAGAAUCGGUUAGAAAUAUUAAUUCUGAUGAUAGUUCGAUUUUUCAAGAUGAUUUUAUUUUAAAUAAGUCAACUGAGAAUCAACAUGUUACUGGCGUACCAACAACAAGAGAAAUCAAUGAAAGCGAUACUACAAGUACUGACAGUGACGAUGACGACAGUGAUGAUGAUGAUGAUGAUCAAUCGAAAAAAGAAGGCAAUAUUUUUGCAACUACAUCACGUUCGUCACAAUUUGAAGCCUAUGCUAGUGACCAACCACUUAACGCACGACACGUUGAAUCAAUAACAACUGAAGCUGAUAAUGAAUUUCAAGAAGCAUCAUCAGAACCACUUGAACAACAAUCUAACGUAAAACAAUCUGCUGAUGGUGAUGAUGAACCAUGGGAACUUGAAGAUAGUGGUGAAGAAAAAAUAAAACCAAUACCAGCAACUAUAUCACAAAGAUAUGAGUUAUAUGAUAAUGUUCCUUUGGAUUCUCCAAGAUUAAGAUUAGCACCAAUACUACCUCCAACAAUAAAAGAAUCCGAACAUGAAGAAAAUAAUGACGAAAGUAAUCAGGAAAAUUAUGAUAAUUAUUUUACUCAAAAUAAACCAAUUGAAAAUACUAGUGAAACAUCAUUAUCAAAAACUGUACGAUUUGAUGAAAAUAUAGAAAAAGUUGCUGUUUUAACACCAAAAGAUAGUCUUGAUGAAUCUAUGGCAUCAACUACAACUAGUGAUACAGAUGACAUUGAAGAUGAAAAUAUGACAUCGAAUUUUCAACCAGUUAGUGAUCGAAUUACUGAUUUUAUGAAUGAGAAAGAAACAAAUGGUAAUAAAGUGAAAGAUAAUGAAACAAAUGAAGUUAUAACACGUAAUAUUACCCAUCAAAAAGAAAGUCAUAUAUCGUCAACAGAAAGUGAAGAUUUACCACCACCAUUACCACCGUUACCACCAUUAAAUAAAAAAUCAUCUUCUUCAACCGAUAGCAUUCCAUCAAAAUCAACAGUAUCAUCAUUAUCACCAAAAUCCAAUAUAGAAUUAAAACGUAAAAUAAAUUUACGUCCUGAACCAGAAAUUACCCCAACUAUUGAAAUAACAACUGAUUCAAAAUUAUUAAGUGAUACAACUACACAACUAGCUCAAUCAUUUGAUUCAGGUAUAGUAAUAAAUACGAUUUGUAUUUAUUGUAUAAUGGCGGACAUAAGUUGA